CGUCAGCCUGGCCAAAGUGUUACAGGAGGCGGAGAGAGAGACAGGAGGAGCGAAGGGACUGAUGAAUGAUACUGUCACAGAGCUGUCUCACCGAUCAGCUGCAGGUUUCAGCGUUGGAGUUGUUAAGAUGGUUGUCCUGUGCUCCUUUUAAAUAGCAGAGAUAAUUUCAUCCUCAAGACUGUGGCAGAUUAGGAAGUCAUUUCGUCGCGGCGGCGGGAGAAGUAUUUCAUAUACACAGAGAUCUGCAGAUGGGUCAGGGUCUGUGGAGGGUGGUGAGGAACCAGCAGCUGCAGCAGCAGUACAGUGAACAGUGCUAUCUCCAGCGGGACAGAGAACGGAGCCGAAGGGCAGGGCCCUCACUGGCUGAUCCACUGCAGCAGCGCCACACACCCCAGUGCCAGGUACCUGGCACUGACAUCAGUCACCUGCUGCGUGUCCGCAAGGGCAAAGAUGAACAUGGCUUUAUCGAUCUUGAGAUGCUGCCCCCCGAACUCAGCAUCACUAUCCUCUCCUAUUUGAAUGCUACCGACCUGUGCCUGGCCUCCUGUGUAUGGCAGGACUUGGGCAAUGAUGAGUACCUGUGGCAGGGCUUGUGCAAGUCCACUUGGGGUCACUGUUCAAUAUACAACCGAAGGCUCCCAUCUGGAUUUUCCUAUAGAAAGCUUUACAUGGAGUUAGAUGAAGGAAGUCUAACCUUCAACGCCAACCUGCAAGAGGGUAUCAGUUACUUCAUGUCCAGAGGCAUUCUGGUGGACCACCCGAAAGAAAUUGCCAAGUUUAUAUUCUAUACCAGAAUGCUAAACUGGAAGAUGCUGCGGGUUUAUCUUGAUGAACGGCGGGAUGUCCUGGAUGAGCUAGUCACACUUCAUAAUUUUAGCAACCAGUUCCUGCCUAAUGCACUGAGGGACUUCUUCAGGCACAUCCAUGCUCCGGAGGAGAGGGGCGAGUACCUGGAGACCCUAAUCACCAAGUUCUCUCAUCGCUUCUGCGCCUGCAACCCCACUCUUGUGCAGGAUGUGGGCUUAAGUCCUGAUGCGGUGUACGUUCUGUGCUACUCCCUCAUCCUUCUCUCCAUCGACCUCACCAGCCCUCACGUAAAGAACAAGAUGUCCAAAAGAGAGUUUAUCCGAAACACACGACGGGCAGCUCAGAACAUCAGCGAGGACUUUGUAGGCCACCUCUAUGACAACAUCUAUCUGAUCGGCCACGUGGCAGCUUAGCCUCAGCGGCACAUGACACGGCUGCCAUGUAAAACCUUAGCGACUGCACUAGGAAGAAUUUUGUAUGAAGCUUGGAACAAUAACCAUGUCAGAACAGUGAAGGUCAUUUUAAACCCUUGAUAUGACACGCUGAAAUACAUUGUAAAAGGAACUGAGCAAAGGAACUGCAGUGAUGUGAAGCAUCAACAAAAUACGUCAGCUGUUAGCAGGCUAACAUACUAGCAGUGGUAGUGACAAAUGUAACCUACCACAAACACUUAACCAUGCAAAACCAUGUAGCUAACUGAAGAUAUAUAAAACAAGCUAAGAAGUCAGCUGAAUGUGGAAUUUACGGGGCUUGCGUCAUAUUAACAAGACAUCCAUUUCUUCCCCAUUCUGAUAUGGAAACCUCUCUUAUGAAUGUCAGCUUUUUACCAUCAUAUUUCAAGGAAAUUCUUCUCUAGUUCACAAGCCGACUAAUCUCUCAUCCUAUCCAUCAUUUUUAUUCAUUGUUUCCACAAUAACCAGAAAACCAUUUUGCUCUUGGCUUGGAUAUUAAUUGUCACGAAGUUAAUGAUGGUGAAAAAACGUUAUUUUAUUCCAUUGCACUACAAUUUCUUUCCACCCAUCUUUUAACACUCUUAAGAGUUAUUCAGGAAAGUCUACAGCCACUGUAAUAUCAAAGCAUUUACAGAUUACAAUGGCACAAUUAUAAUAAGGUUUUUUGUUUUAAUUCUGUGGGUGGUUUCUAGUUUUAUGAGGAUUUGUGCAUAUGUCUUCCUUGGGAAGAGUAAAACACAAGCACUGAAUUUUAAUUAUUUAACAUCUGUUGUAGGUUUGGUAUAUUUCUGUUGAUCACUCUUGCUACAGUUUUUUGUUUUUGUUCAUUCACUCACCUUCCCAAUAUUCAAGUGUAUUUUUAUAGCCAUCACCUAGUAUAUCAUCAGCCUAAAAGAGCUAUAACACAGAUUCUCACAUUUCAUGUUUUGAAAACACAUUUAUAAAUUAGACUGUGUCAAUUUUACUGAAAAUCUUGAGAUUUUUUUUCUUUUUCAAAUAAUCUUCUGAAAAUCAAUUUUAGUUACCUGUUUGCUCUGAUAAUGUUUUUUUUCCUUUUAUUCAGAUUUACCAGAAUCGGGUGCCAAUAGUGAGGAUUAAAUACUAAACUAACAUAUAAACAAUAAUAAGGAGAAUUAUUCACAAGCUCUGAAUAGUUUAAUUUAAUGUUGAACAUUUUAUUUGCACAAUGUAAAUAUUUAAGUAUAGAGAUUUAUAAACAGUAAAUUUUAUUUUCAAAUAUUUUAACUAAGAGUUGUGUUUUUCUCAAUAGAGUGAAUUCCUUUUUGCACUUUUUGGCAUAUUUACCAUGUUAUAACAUUAACAAACUGAGCACUUAACAAGCUGUAUGAUAUUUAUUUGUGAUGCUAUGCUAACAAAAGUUAGCCUAUAUAACAGUGGUUAUUGUUAUCCAGUGCUCAAUUUACUGUGAUUGAAACAAAACAUUACAACUAAUAUUAUCCUGAUUCUUGUUUUUCAUUUUACAAUAUUAAGCAUACAUUACAUAUUUAUCUCGCCAAUGCAACUCUAUUUGAACAAAUCUGUACUUAAAAAGCAUAAAAGAUUUGUUUAAUAUAGAUUUCAUAACGAUAACACUGGAUUAAUGCACUUCUAGAUUGUAU